GCCAAAACCCAAAGAUGAGAGCGUAUAGAGUAAGAGACUACAUUAAGAGUAAGCGAGGGAGCAAAAACCACUGCAAUUAUUUGAAGUUGGGUUUCCAAUUUCCAAUCCGAAACUGUAAUGCAUGAAAUUAUCCGGAUCUGGACUGGUACCGGAUCCACGGAUCUUCCCAUACAUUUCAGAUUCGUCGUGCAAACCCUUAUUUGAAGCUUUAACGCUAACUGAUAAGUGUGAUAAAAAGUUUAUUAAAUUAACUUUGUGAGAGAAUAUUCGCAAUAUUAAAUAUUAAAAAAGGAUUGGCUAUUCCAUACUAUAUUCGCAGUUACCAAUACCUAUUAACUAAAUGGAUACCAUUCAUGAAAUUUUGAAUGCGCGCAACAUAAAUAUUGGUUCACCGAUCAAUUGAGAGAUCCCACCUGUUUUUAUAUAAAUAAAACCGAGAAAUAUUAAAAGCCCCUCUUGCUGGAAAUGAAAAUGGACGUUAUUUUCAUUACGUCCCUACUUUCCGCAUUUCUGAAGGUUUUUCCGUUGAAGAAGGAUUAGAUAGACGAUGCUGCACAGAAUGCAUAGGAAGAUUUAUUUAAAAUUUAAAGCGCUAUAAAUGAAAGUAAAUACAAAAACUCGCUUGUGUAACGUAAAGGGCUCGACUACGCGUUAUAGCUCUCAAAGCAGUCAACGAAGCGCGAGCAUAGUCAUACAACUCACUCGGAAAAUAACCUAACGUAUGACACUCUAAUCCACUCCCCUGACAGAUACCUUCCACAAUGCAUGCAACGGUGCGGCCGCAGCGUGGAAACGUAGAAGCCUCCCCAUUGCCAUGGUUACCAGACGCUGCAGUGCUUUCUCAGCCCGCCCUUCGUCGCAGUGUGCGUCCGUGCCCCGUCCGCGCCGCACGGAUCCUUCGAAAUUCCAAAUUCGACAUGCAUGUUAUUUUUUCGAAAUGGUAUACUUUUUAAACUGUAAUCAGAAAAGGUUGUCAGUAAAUUUUUGAUGUUUUUUUUAAGUUUUAGAAAUAUUGAUCUCGGACCGAGGUCCGCAGGUUGUUGGCAACAUAAUGUGCGAGGGUCGUGUAACUUUGAACAGAGUUUGGAUGCAGUUGGUGUGGUUUCAGUGAUGGAGAUUUGUGUGUUGUGUUUAAGCCAUGAGGAAAUGCUGUUUUGGAAUACGGAUCGACUUUAAGACAUGACGGCGCAAGACCGAGGAAAUAUUUUCACGGACGACGACGAGGAUUUGCGUCCACGUCAGCAGAGUUUGGGCGGGGUACUGCGGCGCGAAGGCAACUGGAAGUGCUUCAUGCUCACCCUCAUGAUCGCCGGAUGUCUCGGAUCCGUGGCCUGGUGCAACACCGCCAAGAUCGACAAAGAACUCAUCGAUUUGCACACCUUCUUUUCCCGCAGAUUCCCGAUAAAAAGGGUAGUACGUGAAUCCCCUUGCGAUGUCGGCUACGCCUACAUACCGAUUGCGUUCGUCCUGCUUUUAUACCUGGUGUACUUGGUGGAAUGCUACCACAGCACAGCCAGGAUCCAGCUCGCCAGGCGGGUGGACACCGCAGCGGUGAGCGCCAGGGUGCACGCCAUGAGGACCGCUACGCCAAGAGUUUGGUGGAAGGCGAUCUGCUAUCAUUACGUGCGGCGCAAGCGACAGGUGACACGAUACCGAAACGGGGACGCGUAUACCACCACGCAGGUAGGCGUGUACUACGAACGCGUGAACACGCACAGCGCGAGCACGUCGUUUGCGCAUGCGUGCUGCGGGCAACGAGACGCAUCGCGCAACCUCGUGCUCGACUCCAAUACGCCCAUCACUAAAGUGCGCUUCAGCAAAGGCUUCGCCUUUGCCAACAUUGAGGCUGCCAGUGAGUUCGAAGAUCAAAGGUCGAGGUUUUUCGCUGAACACGAGCGAUUCGACGACUUCAUGGAGAUGCGAGAGGGUUUGGAUCUGAUCGGAGUGAGCUCGUUCAAGGAGUACAUGGUUGCCUACCGGGACGCCGAUCGCUGCCCAUGGUACUCUUCUCAAUGGUUGUUUUGGACACUGUCGUGUUUAUUACUUUCCUGGCCUCUUCGGAUUCUUAUAGAAUGUAACACCGCCUACGUACAUUAUACAAUUACCAAGAUAUUUGGAACAAACUAUGAACUGGAUCCUAGUAGACAGUUGGAUAUCGAUACCCACAUGUCAGAUACGCUACCUCCUGUUCCACAGAGGAAUUAUGCGUGGGCCAUAGCCGAUGAGCAAAGCGCUUUGCUGUGCUCUGCGCCUCGACCACCCCGGGCUCUUCCUCUCUCUCACGCCUCAACUGUUGACAGCCUCGAGCUGUUUGCAGCCAUCCGAGAGAAUUGUGCCUUAGUUCCUUCCUAUUCAGAAGCCAUGCGUAUCGACGCAGCACUUAGAGAAGAUCCUGCAGAAAAUUCUAAUAGUAAUGGAGUACUAAUUAACAUGGAAACCGAGCCAAGACCUCAUCGGCCCGCUAUAAAAGCGGCUUCCUUUGAUGAGCCACAACGCAGGCCCAGAACAGCUGUAACUAGCACACAUUCUAGUCAUAAUAUAUCUGCAAUCGCUAGGUCGCAUGAAGCGAAGCAGCAAAACCGGCGAUCUUGGGCGGGUAUGGUGUCUACCAACAGAACGGCAAGGCAAAUCCUUGAGGAGAUCCGAUCUUCUGCCCCAGUGUGCUACCAACCCAUGCCAGAGUCCCAGGCUCCUACACGAAGUGGGGAUAGUACGCUAUACUUUUCAAGGGAACUAUCUCCAACCUGUUCUAGGGAUCCAUUCGGAGGUCGGGCUCAAACGACACCGACUGACGAGCCUCCAUCUUAUGAAGAAGCGUUGAAGCUUCCAGCCUUGAGGAAACUGACAAGGUCAAUCACAGGAACUGAUCUUUCCGGUCCUAGAAGGGCGUUCCUCAGGGAUGUUUUAUCGAACAGAAGGUCUUGCCUUGAAGGGGUGGGGGUGCUGGCGGGCGCGAAGUCGGUGCGGCUCCCCAAUAGUGACCCAAGUGACGAAACACCGCUAUAGCGCUUUUAUACACUCGUGCAAUUAUUGACUCUUUGGUGCAAUCAAAUAUACUCAACUCGUGGUGCCCGCGGCUUUGCCCGCGCUAAAUCUACAUUUUUAUUCAGCCUGUACUUUAUUUAGCGAUAUUGAGUAAUUAGAGGCCAGAACCAAGCUGUAAAUAUUAUAAUAUAAUAUUUAUCGGAAUUUGUUAUGCGUAAUGGCGAAAUACUAAAAGGCCGUCUUAAUCAGACUUGCAUUGUAUUGUAACGUACAUUAUGAAAUAACUUAAGUAAGUGAGAUGAUAUUAUACUUUUCUAAGGCAGAACAGAUUGACAGCUUUAUAGGAAAAAGCGAAUCGUUUAGUAUUUUGAAAGGAAAUAAAUAGUUUUAAAGAA